AUGUCACAGCAGAGUCCUUGCUCCCUCUUGGUCCUCCUUCUCAUAUGCCUGUUGACGGUCGAAACAGUCCAUGCAUCGGAUAGCAGAGAAGACAACUUGCUUCGAUCUUCCGCACCAUCGGCAUCUCCGCUGUGCCCAUGCCCCUGUACAACUGACAAUGAGAAGCAAGUAGAUCUGUACAUGAUGUCGAAGAGCUCGCGAGGGGCUUCCGCCGUCCUCGCCCUGGCCCCUCUCGCACGAUCGCAUGCUAAUCUCCACGUGAGCAUCGCCUACAUCGCUUCCCUCGACGAUAAUGGCACCUUCCAUUCGCUGCACGGCGAGCCCGAGGUGGUGGGCGAUGUGUGGGAACUGUGCGCCAUCGAGCACUACCAGGCCAACCUCAAGUAUCUCAACUUCCUCGUCUGCCUGAGCCAGCAGUACACCGUCAUCCCCGACAACGCCGAGAAAUGCGCCAUCGAGGCCGCCCUCGAUUUGUCGGUGAUGAAGGAAUGCGUGGAAUCCAAGGAGGGGACCUACCUCCUCAAUCGCUCCAUCCAGCUCUCCAGCGCCGAGGGCCUCAACGGCGAGGUGGAGAGCGUCAUCUUCAUCAAUGGGAAGCGCUACGCGGGACCCUUGAGCCAGAUGGCCGUCGAGGAGGCCAUCUGCGCCACCAACGCCGUGCUCGACGACGACGAGAUCUACGAGAAGUGGUGGUUCUACUUCCUCGUCGCCCUGGGCGUCGUCGGCGGCGUCGCCAUCCUCGUCGCCGGCCUGCUCACCGCCUACCGCGUCUACGUCAAGUGCAACCGCGCCUCCGACAUGUGGCUCAACAUGAUCAAGUCCAACCCCGGCAACGCCCUCGACUUCGCCGACAAGGUCCAGGACGCCAUGCACCGCUACGAGAACCACCUCGACGGCGGCGGCGGCGGCGGCUACGGCGGCCCCGGUGCUGGCGUCGGCGGCGGCAGUCGCGGCGCGGGCAGGGAGCGAGGCAUGGAGGAGGGCUACGCCGGGGCCGCGUACGUGCGGGCGGCCUACUCGGUCAACAGCGCGCAGCAGCAGCAGCAGCAGCACGUCGAGUCGUCGCCGGACGCGUUCGAGGACUCACCGGGCGGCGACGCGCACUACUACGCGGAGGAGAGCCCGCUCCUGUCGUCGCUGGGCACCACCUGGUCGAUGGGCGGCGUUCGCGAUUGA